AGACAGCAGUCAUCAGCCAUAUCUGUGAUUGUGGUGUGGUGCAGUGGUGCGGCUACCAGAAGAUUCUCUCUCUCUCUCCCAGUGGCAUUGGCUGUAGUUUACCCUAAUUUCCAGUCCCUUUUCUAUAAACUAUACCAAUCCUGUAACUUUUACAGCUACCAAUUCGGCUGUCUGCUUCGCUCACUCUGCAAAAUUUGGAGAAAUUGGAGGUCUGGUGGCGAUGGAGCUCCGUGCGGCGGCGGUUUUGGUUUUGAGCGUUUUUGUGGUUUUCCUCGGAUCUGCGGUGGAUGCGCACAAUAUCACUCGCAUUUUGGAGAAGGACGACAGCUUUUCCACUUUUAAUCACUACUUAACUGUGACGCAGCUGGCUUCGGAGAUCAAUGGGAGAGAGACGAUCACUGUUUGUGCUGUGGACAAUGCCGCAAUGGCGGAUCUGUUGGCGAAGAGCCUCACCAUCGGCGCGAUGAAGAAGGUUCUCUCGCUUCAUGUUCUGCUGGACUAUUUUGACGCGAAGAAGCUGCACGAUAUUACUGAUGGUAGUGCUCUGGCGGCGACCAUGUUUCAGGCCACCGGUUCCGCCACAGGCACCGCCGGAUUUGUUAACAUCACGGAUCUGAGAGGAGGAAAGGUCGGAUUCUCUCCGAAGGACAAUGGCGGCAGGUUUGCCGCUACUUUUGUUAAGACGAUUCAAGCCAUACCGUACAACAUCUCCGUUAUUCAGAUCUCGUCGCUCUUGCCUUCUCCUGAAGCGGAGGCGCCGGCGCCUGGUCCUAGCAAGACGAAUAUCACGGCGGCGAUGUCUGCUCACGGAUGUAAGGUCUUCGCCGAGACGCUGGCGGCCAGUCCGGCGGAGCAGACGUACGACGACAACGUACUGAGCGGACUCACCAUUUUCUGCCCCGGCGACGACGCGAUGAAGAGCUUCCUGCCGAAAUUCAAAAACCUAACCGCUUCCGGUAAGCAAAGCCUGCUUGAAUACCACGCGAUGCCGAUUUAUGAAUCGGUUCCUGGCCUCAAGUCGAGCAACGGUCUGACGAACACGCUAGCCACCGACGGCGCCGAUAAGUACGACUUCAACGUGCAGAACGACGGCACUGACGUCACCAUCGUCACCAAGCUCGUGACGGCGAAGAUUGUCAACACCUUGCUCGACGAACCGCCGGUAGCUAUCUACGAAUUGAACAAGGUUUUGAUGCCGAAGGAGCUGUUCAAAGGAUCCCUGCCGCCCGCUCCUGCUCCGGCUCCUGCUCUAGCGCCGGAGGCAGACGCCGAGUCUCCGAAGCCGGCGAAGAAGAAGAAGAAGCACAAGGCGGUAGAGACGCCGUCCGAUUCUCCGGCGGAUGCUCCUGACGGAGACGCAGCAGAUCAGGCGGCCGAUGAUAACGGCGCCGUUAGUCUCCGAGGCGGAAGCGUUGGCGCCGUUAUUCUGAGCCUGCUGUUUGCCUUGUUAAAUCUGUAAGUGAAAUCUAUGGUAUAAUUAACGGCGUUUGCUUCCACUUUGAUAUUUUCUUAUUCAUUUUCUUUUCUCUCUUUAUUUUAGUAUUUUAUUUCAUUUAGUGUGGGGAAUAAUUGAAGCCAUUUGCAUAUUUCAUUUAUUUUUGCCAUGCUCUUCAGAUUCCA